GGAGCAUGUGGCUGGAGCCGCGCGGCCGAACCGGCUCCGUUAUAUAAGGGGCGGGCAGCGGCUGGAGCCGCGCUGUGAAAGCCGCACACAUCCCAAAGUCUUCCAAGAUGAGCUACACCCUGGACACGCUCGGCAACCCCUCCUACCGGAGGGUGACCGAGAGCCGGGCCACCUACAGCCGGGCCAGCGCCUCCCCUUCCAGCGGCUUCAGGUCGCAGUCCUGGUCCCGGGGCUCCCCGAGCACCGUCUCCUCCCCGUACAAGCGCAGCGCCCUGGGCGCGCAGCGGGUGUCCUAUGGCUCCACAGUGCUGAGCUCCUCCGAGAGCCUGGACCUCAGCCAGUCCUCCCUGCUCAACGGGGCCGGGGACUUCAAGCUGAGCCGCUCUAGCGAGAAGGAGCAGCUGCAGGGGCUGAACGACCGCUUCGCCGGCUAUAUCGAGAAGGUGCACUACCUGGAGCAGCAGAACAAGGAGAUCGAGGCGGAGAUCGCCGCCCUGCGCCAGAAGCAAGCCGGCCGCUCGCAGCUGGGCGACGCCUACGAGCAGGAACUGCGCGAGCUGCGCUGCGCCCUGGAGCAGGUGAACCACGAGAAGGCGCAGCUGCAGCUGGACUCGGAGCACGUGGAGGAGGACAUCCAGCGCAUCAAGGAGCGCUUCGAGGAGGAGGCCCGGCUGCGCGAUGAAACCGAAGCCACCAUCCGCGCCCUGCGCAAGGACAUGGAGGAGGCCUCCAUGGUCAAGGUGGAGCUGGACAAGAAGGUGCAGUCGCUGCAGGACGAGGUGGCUUUCCUGCGGGGCAACCACGAGGAAGAGGUGGCCGAGCUCCUAGCCCAGAUCCAGGCGUCCCACAUCACGGUGGAGAGGAAGGACUACAUGAAGACCGACAUCACCUCCGCCCUCAAGGAGAUCCGCAGCCAGCUGGAGUGCCACUCCGACCAGAACAUGCACCAAGCCGAGGAGUGGUUCAAGUGUCGCUACGCCAAGCUCACCGAGGCGGCGGAGCACAACAAAGAGGCCAUCCGCACGGCUAAGGAAGAGAUCGCCGAGUACAGGAGGCAGCUGCAGUCCAAGAGCGUGGAGCUGGAGUCGGUGAGGGGCACCAAGGAGUCCUUGGAGAGGCAGCUGAACGACAUCGAGGAGCGCCACAACAACGAUCUCACGACCUACCAGGACACGAUUCAUCAGUUGGAAAACGAGCUGAGGGGUACAAAAUGGGAAAUGGCACGUCAUUUGAGGGAAUACCAGGAUCUCCUCAAUGUCAAGAUGGCGCUGGAUAUUGAAAUUGCUGCAUACAGGAAACUACUGGAGGGUGAAGAGACAAGAUUCAGUGCCUUCUCGGGAAGCAUUACUGGUCCCACAUUUACACACAGGCAACCCAUGGUCACAAUAUCAUCUAGUAAAAUACAGAAAUCAAAAGCUGAGCCGCCAAAGCUAAAGGUCCAGCACAAAUUUGUAGAAGAAAUCAUUGAAGAGACAAAGGUGGAGGAUGAAAAAUCUGAAAUGGAUGAUGUCCUGGUAGCUAUUGCAGAGGAAUUGGCAACCAGUGCCAGGCAGGAAGAACAGAAGAAGGAAGAAGAAGCAGAAGGGGAAGAGGAAGAAGCCAUGGAAGAGGAAAUUGUAGCUGAAAAGAAAGCUCCAGAGAAAGCAGCUGCACCCAAAGCUGAAGAAGAAGAAGAAGAAGAAGAGAAGGGAGAGGAGGAGGAGGAGGAGGCUGCAAAAUCUGAUGAAGCAGAAGAAGGAGGUUCUGAAAAAGAAGAAGCAGAGGAAAAGAGUGAAAAGGAAGAGGGAGAGGAGGCUGAGCAGGAAGAAGAAGAAGAAGGUGAGGCCGAAGCUGAAGGAGAAGAAGCUGAGGCUGAGACUAAGAAAGAAAAGGAACCUGAAGGGAAGAGCAAGAAAGAGGCUGAAGAGGCUGCAGUGGAAGAGAAGGUGGAAAAAGUAAAAGCGUCUUUAGCAAAAUCUCCACCUAAAUCUCCUGCAGCAGAAGAGGCUGAGGAAGAACAGAAGGAAGCAGGAGAAGAAGCUGAAGGAGAAAGUGAAGAACAGAAAAUGGAGAAGGAAAGUAAAGAGGAGGAAACAAAGGAGGAGAAGCCAGGAUCCCCGGAGAAGCCAGGAUCCCCAGAGAAGCCAGGAUCCCCAGUGAAAGAAGAAAAGGCUAUGGUGAAAGAGACCAUCUCGGUCACAAAGGUAACAAAAGUCAGUGCAGAGAAAGAGUCCAAAACAAAGGAUGGGAGCAGUGAAGGAGAGGAAAGUGACCAGGCCUCCAAGGGAUCCAUGAAAGAAGACAUUGCAGUGAACGGGGAGGUGGAUGAGAAGGAGGAGGAGAAAUCCAAAGAAAAAGAAAUUGAGGAGGAAGACAAGGGUGUGGUCACCAAUGGCCUGGAUGUGAGCCCAUCUGAAGAGAAGAAAGGGAAGAGCGAAGAAAAAGUUGUGGUAACCAAAAAGGUGGAGAAAAUCACUGGCGACGAUGGGGACAGUACAACCAAAUACAUCACCAAGUCUGUGACAGUCACCCAAAAGGUAGAGGAGCACGAGGAAAGUUUUGAAGAGAAAAAGAUGUCCACCAAGAAGGUCGAGAAAGUCACUUCUCAUGCUGUAAUAAAACAAGUAAAAGACAGUGACUAAUAAAUAGUAAUUAAAAAAAUCAAAAAGAGCUUGGGUUGGUGAAAAAGGUUAAGCCAUAUGACAGCUGCAAAAUGCAUGUGAGUGACAGCUUUAAAGCAAAACAGGUUCUCUCAUGGAGUCUCCAGACACACUGUAUUUUACGUUUUUGUGCGUGUGCAAUACUGGGGGGAAAUGCAUGCAAGCUCAAGAUGUUCUCCCUCCACAGAACUUGGGGAAUUAAAUAAAUAAAUAAGCAAAUGCAUGAGGAAAGGAAGCUUUUGAAUUCCCUAAACUGUCGGAGGAACACAUCUGAGGAACGUCUUAAGAGGUAUUAUGCAAAGAACCAACUGAGCCAAGAACAAACGUGAAACAAAACAAAACAAUCAUGGGAAAAAAAACAGAAUUCUCCUAGCCUUAAAAAAAAGCUACUUAUGAAUAAUUAUGUUUACCUCACUGGUGCAAUUAAGAUGGACUUUUGUUCAUGGGAGAACCUAGUUGACAUUCACAGUACGCAACCUUUUGUUGUUCGAUGUAGAACCGUCACAGCAGUACUUGCUCAAUAAAGGUCAUAUUGGAAACAUG